AUAAAGUAUUAUAAAUAGUGUUCGUUUCUUUUAUCUCGUCCUAAUGGAUCGUUUUGUGCACGUGUGUGAUUGGUGUUGUACAGUAGACAGAUGUUGGAUGUUAUUAAUGGUAGCCACUAUCACAGAGGAAUUGAAAAGCCAUGCAAAAUAUCUGAUCUAGGCUGUAUCCGAAGCUACUUAACACACAAUUUCCACUGUAAGCCUGCUUAUGGACCUGCACCAGACCCUUAUUUCUUGGGCUCAGUCACCGUUCCGAUUCCCCAUGCCAAUAUCACCUAUAAACCUUUGGAUUUAAAGAUUGUUGGCCUAAAUAAUUUCAAAGUUGGGAAUUUCUAUGUAAACCAUGAUUCAGAUAUUCUGGUUUUGGAAUUGGUUAUACUUGAAAUGGCUUUUUCUUCUCCGGGAAUCAUGUUAAUACAUAACCGCAAGGGACUGGAACCAAUUAUUGUGAAAGAUUCUAUGUGGGUUGACUACAGAGAUAUUUCGUUCACUAUAACGAUGCCCAUUCGACACAACAAGAUCCAGAUUUCAGACUGGCACGUGUAUUCGUACCUGAGUAGUAUUCCUACAUAUGGUUUGGGACCGAACUUCAUGUAUCAUCCAGAUCCUGUAGUUCGAAAGCAAACUGAAAAAGUGCACGAUGUAGUGUUAAGCGUAAAGGAAGCAUUUACUAUAAAGGGUCCUAUUUUGACCAAGGUGAUAGUUCAGAGCACCAUUUGUGACUUCUGGUACUAAAGUGC